CGUAUGAUUGGUAUAACAAUUCACUCCAUAAACAAAUGUGCAAUUGAAACCAAACAUCUUCCGCCGCCCUUGUUUGUGAGUCGGUGACAAGUAUUAAAACUCAUAGGUGGUGGUACAAUGACAGGAGGUGACCCUAAGAGAGAAUCUACCGUCUGUAAGAGGUGGCAAUGCAAUGAGAUGCCACGUGACAUAUCUGUCCAAACACAACCCCGGUUCAACCUCUAUAUUGAUGCUUCACUCCUUCUCAAAGUCAAUCCUACCCCUAACUGCUCUCCUCUUAAGAAAACAACUCAUUUGAUUGCUCAACAAAACUAAACUGACACACCCAGAGAGUACAGGAGAGAGCUUUCAUGGAGGAGCAAAAGAGCACAUGCAAGCGAGAUAAGAAGAUGACCCAGAUAAGCUUUGGCGGCGGAAAUGGUAUUGGAGCACUGGUUGUUUUGGGAGGAGCCUUGGCCGUUGCAGGUUUGAUGGCAGUUUUUGCAAUCAAGAAUAGAAUAAGAAGGGUCGAAGGCAAUGAGAACUCACAGAAGCCUAGCGGUCGAUCCAAAGAAUUGAAGAAAAACUUCAGCUGCAAAAGAGAAGAUGAAGGGAGUGAAGGGCCGCGCUUUCUUUCUCAAACUUCAUUGCCAGCCAAUCCUUAUAAUUCAUGUUCCACGCGCCAUGAAACGUCGAAGAUGAGCGAGACAGAGGUCUUCACCAAAAGUUUGAUCCUGGAAGAGAAUCCUAUGACUGAAAUGGUCAGAAAGGAAAAAGAGGAUUCCUUGAGUGGUCAUCAAGAGAUCAUCAUACUUUCGGAUGAUUCAAAACCAGGAAGAAUUGCAUCGUGCGAAGAAUCUUUGUCGCCGGAGAUUCCUAUUGAAGAUGAGAAAGCGGAUGAGUGUGGAGUCAUCCAAGAAUCUUCGUCGCCAGAGAUUCCAAUUGAAGAUGAGAAAGCGGAUGAAGCAGAAGAGAUUGCAGUAGAAGAUUCAGCAAUGCAAUCAGUUGGAGAAGAUGAUAAAGCGGAUGAAGCGUGUCCGAUUGUUCAUGCAGUAGAAGAUUCAGCAAUGCAAGAAGACGCAUGCGUUUCAGAGGAAGGCGAUGAAUGCUCAGAAGGCACCGGCCAGUCUUCUGUGGGAUCAAAUGCAGAAGCAAUUUGGCCGGCAGAGUUGAUGGAAGAAUCAUCACAAGAACACAAGCAAACUGAUUCCAUUGUUCAAGGUUCUAUGGAAAAGCCGGAGGAAGAAGAUAAAACAAUUAAAAUUGAUCAAGAGCAUGAUUACCUUGACAGCAGCAAAAAUGGCGAUGCCUUCGAGAAUGAGGCUGCUGAAAAACCAAUCACAAUACGGAAGGAAACGCAGGAGCCGGUUAUGGUGAUGCAUCAGCCAUCACGCUCAUCAAAGUUGAGAAAUUGGAUUUUGUGUGUGUUCUUGCUCGUGGUGCUGAUGCUGUUGCUUUCUCUCACCCAUCGUAAUUCGUAAAGCUAUGUCUUAUUAUUCCCAACUGUAUCCUGAUUCUUUCAUUAUCCGUGAAAGUCUAGAGAAGCACUAGAUUUGUUUUCAACAAGUUGGGGACAAAUAAGAGAAUUGAAAUUAUCAAAAGGUACACACCACACCACCUAGUUUUUGAACGUUGGAUGCUCAUUAUGCCCCAUGCCAUGCUGAAAUUAACCAUGUAUGAUCAUGAAGAUCUUGCAGAAAAGCAUGCAAUAAGGAAUUAUAAACAAGUACAAACAGAGACCCAAAAAAAAAAAGAAAAGGAACAAUUUUACCGAAGAAUUCUUCGACAGUAUCAACAAUUUUUUUGACGAGUAAUUUUUUGUCUCCAAAGAGAGAGAGAAGAGAAGAU